UAUAGUGCGAGAGUCUCCCGUUAGAGAGGGAGAGAGAGAGACUUGCUCCUCUGCUAAGCUUUAGAGAGAGAGAGAGAGGGAGAGGUGAUUUCCUUCUAAUUGUUAGAGAGAGAAAGAUUGGUUUUUUCCUGCUAGAAUCGUGAUUCCUCAAUUUUUGAAGUUGUCUAAGAUCUAGGGUUUGGAUUGUAUCGAGUUUCCUGUGAAUGUGCAGAAGAAACUGUGACGAUCCAGGGAUUUUUCUUUUGUGGAGCUGGACUUUUCUUCUUACUCAUAUUAAGCUCGAUUUUAGGGUCUUGGGCCAGGAGGAGGGGUUAAAAUUCGACUCUCUGGUGAAUCUGUUGGGGAUCUAGGGUUUCAUGGGCUUUGCAGCUUGAAGAUUGUGUCCUUUACCGGGAAAUUAUUAUUUUUCUCUCUCUUGCAUGAGACUUGGAUUUGAUAGAACGAGAAACAGAGGAUUUUAUGGAUAUGGAAGUUUCAGGGGAUGUGGGUUCUAUAGACCCGGACUUGUUACAGUUGGCUGAAGUCUCGCCUUUGGCCUUGAAGUCAAACAGGGACUUGAUUGAUGAAUUGUAUUCUCAAUGGCUCUCUCUUCCUGACACCAGUCGAUUGGUAAAAUCGCUGCUUGAUGAAGCAAAAUCAAGCACUCCCUUGAAUGUUCCAGGCAACUCCAGCAGUGCAAAUGCCACUGCAAGCAAUUCCUUGCCUUCCAUGUUUCCUGCAGGUAGUGCUCCUCCACUUUCUCCGCGGAGUAGUUCUGGUUCACCUCGUGUUAUGAAACGCUCUGUUGGGCCAUCUUCGUUAGGAUCUCCAUUGAAGUUAGUCAGUGAGCCAGUUAGAGAGGUCAUUCCUCAGUUACUUGAUGCACUUUAUAUCUUUGUAUUGGAAGCUUCUAUAGGGGUUUUUCUUGGCUACUGUAUUCAGUAA